AUGAGUGUAUUGCCCCAACCCGCUGUAGAAUCCAAGCACCACAAGAGUGGUCAACGGCUCAAUAUCAUGAAAGAAAUCCUCGACACCGAGAAGAAUUAUUUAACGGAAUUAGAGCUAUUAGAAGAAUAUUAUGCUAAACCUCUUAAAGAGUUAAUUGGUAAACAGAAAUUCAUCACUCAACCACUGUACAACAAGAUAUUCAAAGGAGAUUUGGUCAUUAUUAGAAAAACAAAUUCGGAAUUGUACAAUGAAUUAAUAGAAAAUUUUGAAAUUGAGAGAGCCAACAAAGUGCCUAACAAAACAUUUGGACAAAUAUUCCUUCAAUACGCUCCCUUCAUUAAGGGAUACACUCGAUAUUUUAAUGAAUUUGACAAUAUCAAUGCUACUCUCGAAGAUAUUCGUAAAAACAACAAACCUCUCCAAUUAUGGUUAGAUACACAAAGAAAAGAAGCUCAAAACAAACCAUUAGGAGGACUUUUAAUCACUCCAGUUCAACGUGUUCCUCGAUAUAAAUUAUUAUUAACAGAAUUAGUGAAAUAUACUUCUCCUUAUCAUAAGGAUUAUCCCAUGCUCACCAAUGCACUUACUCAAAUUUCAGAAGUUGCUACAGAAUUGAAUACGAAAAUGCGUGAAAGUCAAAAUCGAUCUAGAAUGUAUGCCAUUGAUUUAUAUCUCAAAGGAAGAGAAAAAUUAAUUGAAAUGGAACCAAACAAACAAAUUGUUCAACCUGGUAGACUCUAUUCACAAGAAAUUCCUCUUCAUGCUGUGUAUAGUAAGAAAUUUAAUGUGAAUAUUAGUCAUGCUGUUUUGAUCUUAUUUAACAACAUGUUUAUUUUGUGUAAGAAUUUGGAACCUGAGAAAUCCACAACGUUGGAAGAGUAUGACGGAAGAACCAUUUUUAAUUAUGAAAUUUUUGAAUUUGUUUUUGAGCCAGUCCUGUGCGACGCUCGAUUGGUAGAGAAACAACCCGAUCAAUAUCCAUUCCCUUGGAUUAUAGACAUUCCAUCCGAAGAAGAAAAUAGAAUUGAGGAAGUAGUGAAUGAGAGUGGAAAUAAUACUCCAACGUCGUUAUCGGGUAGCAACAAUACACCACCGCCACCACCCCUCUCAGUGCAGCAGACCAAUCGAUCGUAUAGUGUUGCUGCUUCUACUACUGCUUCUACUACUACUGCUUCUACUACAGCACCUAAUACCACUAUUGGUCAUGAUAGUACAGAGAAAAAGACGACCAAACACAACAUGAAUGAUUUAUACAUUUUCAAAAAACCCUUAUUUCAAUUAGUUUCACAACAUGAUGUCUAUACGUUACAAUUUAACUCAGUCUCAGAGAAACUUGAUGGUUUGAGAGCAGUGUAUGACAUUAUUGAUGAACAAUUCAAAGAUUGUAAAUCUAAAGAAAAAGACCAAAAGAGAUGUCCUUUCUUGAGUUAUGAAAAAGAAAGAAUUCAACUCUACUCUGAAAAGAAGGUUUCAUUACCAAAAGAAUUGAAUGAUGGAGACACUGCCAAUCAAUUAUUUUCCACAUGGAACUAUCUCACACAGAAAGAUUUUCCAAAAAUUAAAUCCAAAAAGAAAAUCGAAGAAUUAUUGUCCAUUGUGAAUGAUAAGAUCUGUGAAGAAUACAAACAAAAAUUGAAUUUUAUUCAAACAGUUGAAGAGCAGGCAUUAGGUGCAUAUUAUGCCAUUGCUGAUUGUGUAGAUGCAGACAAAUCUCUAUUUCAAUUAGAUUUUCAUGUCGGAGAUAUAUUUAUACUUUGGCAAAAAGUGAAAAAUGGAAAGAAAUGGCUACUCGUGCAAAAAUCAGGAUUGAACUUUAGUCCCAUGCGUAAAAUUCAACUUCUCGAUGAGCUCUUACCCAAUAACUUGAAAGAUAUGAAAUCAGUGAUGAGAAAACAGCAAUUGGCAAAAAAGAAGAAACCAAAAACACCUAAACAAAUUAUUUCCAUCUCAGAUCACUAUUGUAAAAUAGAAAAAGAAUUAGAAGCAGACAAAAUGCUCGAAGAAAUUGCACUCGAGUUGAACUUUUUAUCUCUUCUCAAUUCUGACACCAACUUGUCAAAUUUAGAGAAUUCUGGAGGAAAGAAAACAUCUGAGAAGGAUCGUGCAGAAUUCAAAAACCAAAUUAGAAAGUCUGUAAGCCCUGCACUCAUUGGAGCCAAUAAGGACGAAUACAAACAACAUGCAGAUACUCUCUUUUACAAACAUAUAUUCAAUGUGAGUCAAGAAAAAGGCCAAGUAGGACUAGUUCCCACAAAAGCACUUGUUGAGCUUCCUAAUCAGACGUUUAAAACUUUAUUAACACUCAUGGAGAAGAGAGAUUCCAUUGAGAAUAGAAAAGUGAGAAACUUUUCAGUCAUCAAAAAGGCACAACCUCAAAUCUCCAACUCGUCGUCUGAAAGGUUAGGAACAUCAUCAAGUAAUACGAGUAGCACCACGACCCCACCCACUCCGCAGGAUCAACCCAACACUUCUUCCAGUAAUAAUAAUAAUAGUACUACUACUACUACUGGUGCACUGACAUCCUCUUCGGAACCAGCAGCUCAAGACAAGAAGAGUAAAUUAUUUGGCAUAUUCAAAAAGUAA